AUGGGUCCUCGCGCGAAGUUAACGUUUACAAAGGAAGCAAGAGAGUCACAUUUAAUAGUGGCAACUCUGAUUGCAACGGUAACAUUUGCAGCUACAUUUACCCUACCGGGAGGUACCGUGGUAGACGGUGAGCUUAAGGGUACACCUAUCUUCAGGGACAAAGCUUCUUUCAAAGCUUUCUUUGUUUCAAACACCAUAGCAAUGGUUAUGGCCACUUCCGCAGCUUUCAUACACCUCUUCUCACCGUUGAAUAAAGCUAAGUACUUGGACUAUUACUUUUCCGAAACAGCCUUCUCUUUUACUUUGAUUGCAAUAGCAGCAAUGAUCGUAGCGUUUGGAACAGGAACAUAUGUUAUAUUGGGAUCUUCCUCGAUUGGGAUUUCAAUUAUCACAGUUGGGUUAUCGUUCUUCCUCGUCUUCAGGCAAGUGCUGAACAUGAGUUUUGGACGCAACUCUAUCCUUACAUUCAUAAAGAAUUUAGUGAAUGCAUUGUUUUUUCCAUUCCUAAAAUUUGCUGCUAAACCAUUUGGCUUCUAUUUCCAUUUAUUCAAAAGGACAUAUAAUCCUGAAGGAAGAAUCACCUUCUAG